AUGAUGAUGAUGAUGUCUCUCCCCAAAAUGAAAAUAUCUUCUCUGCAACCUCAACUCCAUCUGAGCAGUAGCAGAUUAUUAGCAGCUACUCAGGCUCUUCCAAGCUCAACCACAAGGUGCAAAACAUCAUCUCUCAUUCAGUGCAGAUCAGCAAUAAGAAGAAGUAAAUUAACAACGAAAAGCAUCAAAAACCUUGAAAAGACACACCCUUUGGAUCUGGACAAGAAGCAGUUGAAGAGAUAUGCUCUUGUGAGUGGUGUCUCGAUAGGUUUAAUGAUGGCUUUGGUACUGGGAAUGGAUGCAGAGAAGGCGAUGGCACUAGGUCCAGAAGGUCCACUGAUGGAAGAAUUUUGGGACAACGUGAGAAGGUGGAAGCUUCUAUAUCGUCUCCCAAGUUGUCUCAUCCAUGGUUGGUAUCAACGAGUUCGUUUAUGACUAUGGAUACUAGAGUUUGUUCUCUUACUACAUUAAUACUCUGUUCUUUUGUACAAGCGGAAUGAAACAUUGGUAUUAGAUCCUAAAUUUUUAAAGAAAAUUAUAUAUUCUCUUUGUUUCAUUAUAAGUGUAACUUUGAGUUUAUACACAUGAAUUAAG